AUGCGCCAUUUUCAAAGAUGUCUAAACGAGUUUUACUCAAAACCAUUCAGCCAAUGUGUUCAGCCGAGUCCACCUAAAGGCGAUUGGCGCAGUUUAACUGUAUAUAAGCCGUGGCAAAUGGCUCCUAAUCGCUACGACACGCUAAAGGAAAUGUAUGCUAGCUUUAAGGGUUCAGGCGGAGCGUACUGGAAAAAGCUCUCAAAAGGCAAGCCAAGACCCAGAACAAAUGAGGGCAAAGCACAGUUUAAGUUCUAUAAUAUCCCGACCGAAAUGGAUCAUUUAUGGAGCAAAGCUCAAAAGCAUAAAGGGGUAAUGGGGGGAAAUGCUCGGCAAAGAAAACCCACGAGCCGAAUAAUGAUAUCGAAUAUGAGCGGUUGUUAUAGAAACCCGGAUGAGCCUGCACCCAAUUCUUAUCAUACGCCCAUGAAAUGGGAAAAAGAAAUCUUCCAAACUUGGGAAAAACAAAAUCCUCAUCUAUUCUGUCGUUUUUCUUCGGCACCGGCUAAAAUAAAUAGCUGCCAUCCCCGGCAUGUGUCAUUUAAUCCUGCACCAGGCCGAUAUGAGAUUCGAUAUCAAAAAGUGUGCGCCUGUAGUCCAAAUUUGAUAUAUCAGCCGGAAAUCCAAUUACUAAUCGAUCGUGAAAAACGCAACAAAUUUCGUCGUCUGCCGUAUGUCAAAAUUAAAGCUCGUUUGUAUUGUUCUCCCGACUGGCGUCAUGUUCCCGGUCGCGGUUUUCGCCAUCUUUUCAAAGGAGCCCCACCAAGGGCAUCCAAGAAAACUACUACGAAAAAGUUGGCGAAAAGAGACAUCAAGGUCAAUUAUGCAGAUGCCAAAUACAUUCACAGUCUUAGUGAUCCCUCUCGUCGUCUCAUAUCGUUGCGUUCUGAACCGUUGCCGCAAAUACCUCCGCGCAUAGAAUUUAACACUCUCAGAAAGCCUAUCAUACGGAAAACACUACGGAUUAAUAAGAAAAUCGUGUUUGGCAGCGGUCAGCCGCGCUUUAAAGAGGAAAAGCGUCUGGUUCAAACGCUUACAAUCGCUCAACUUGAAGCUUUAAAAGAAACUCUUCCGUUAGAGCGUCAGUUGCGCGAUCAUCCAAUAAUGUCCAAAGCUCCGGAAGAAAUUGCAUCAAAACUGUAUGUGAUCACAAGGAAAGGACCUGAAAUUGAAAUACCGAAAAGUCUUAAAGACUUCAAAUUUAGCCCAUUACCUGAUCCAAAAAUUCUGGUCACCAGGGAAGAUAUACAUGUUGAACGCUCGUCUCUACUCGGCCAUUUCUUGCAACGCCCAAAACCUGAAACAUUUUUCUUCACUAAAGAAGAAAAAGAGGCGAUCGCAGCAAAGGCGGCUGCAGCAGAAUAA